AUGGAUUCCUAUGAUCAGCAUGAUGUCUUGAACGCGGCUCUCGUUGAUGCCAAUACAUAUCCUGUCAAUCUGCUACGUUCACACUCAUUCAAGCAUGAAUUACUGUCAUACAAUGAAACUCUUCGGGAGCAAGAACAACGCUUGUUCGUGGACGAGCCUGAUUAUUCUGGCGUCAAGCUCGUAGAAUCAUACGAUGGCUGUGAAUUUGGACAAUUGAAGAGGUACAGGACAGUGGAAGAGUUAAAAAGCCACUUCCGCGCUGAACGUAAAGAUCCUCGAUGCCGGCACGUUUUCAUAACAGCAGAUCAUUCUCGCGCACCUCUUGACUGCUCAAUGGACGUUUUCACAUAUACUCUGUCAUUCUUACAAACAAUGCCUCGAUUCCUAGACCUUGCCUUCACCUUCGGAGAGCAGGAGGCAUUGAAAGACUUCCACUAUACCGCCUUCAACGCUGAGAACUUUCUUGAUGACUUUGAAGCCGAAAGACAUCGUAUUCCCAGAUUGGGGAGAUCAGGCCACGAGAUCAGGCAUUGUUUCAAUCUGUGGUCUAUAGAGAGGUCUAAAUCUCCUCCGUGGUCAAUCCGACAGACCGCAGUUUACCACUCAUUUGACGUGCGCACGGGACGUGCUACCUGGAUCAACGUCAAGGGUAAUGAGCUGAUGCAAGAACGAAUCACACAAGCCCUGGGAUCCACCAGCCAGCUACAGCCUAGUUCGCUCAAGACUAUCAGUGGAUCUUUCUCUGCUUCUCUUCUGACACUCCUUCUUGUGCUUGAAUGGAGUGGUGAGAAUUGGAAAUCAAGAAUCAGUGAUCUUCAAAACCAGCUCAACGAAAUACUGUUGAAAGCUAAAGGCGCCCCCCUCAAGAACAUUGAGCAGUCGUUGAGCGUGGACGCGAAGGCUCUUCUUGAGCGAUUGUGGGAGACCGAAGAAGAUGUUGGAAAGCUGCCCCGCCGCAUCAACUCAAAUGCCUACCCGAAAGCGCCGCGGAGAGCAGAUACCCUGCAUAGCGUUUUGUCGACUGUGUCCCCGAAGCGAAUACUGAGCGGGAUCUCCUUCUCGAGAGCUUCAACCAGUGUGGAAGCUGAGAAGAAAGAUUCUCCAAUGCUGAACAGACCAGAAACCCCACCGCAGCCACACAGGCCUGAGCCCCUCCUCGCAUCUCCGACACAACUACAACAAAGCAAGUUCAAAGUACUGCAGGAAUUUACCGUCGACGGACUACAGACGCUGACAGACGUCGCAUCGCAAAUUCACGAAGUCAAGCUUGUCAUGAAGCUGAAUGCAGAGGUCAUCAACGAAAUUAUUGACUAUUAUAAAACGCUUGUUGAAAAUGAUCAAAUUCCCAUGGACAUCAAGAAAGGCUGCGCCCAGGACCUGAAAGGCUUCUACACACGCGCCAGGGCAGUUGUCAGAAGCUUAGAAAUGGAGCAGUCUCGAGCGGACACUCUCAUGAGGAUGUUCGAGGAUGGCAAGUCACUGUUCGACAAAAUUGUGCAGUUCCGUAAUAUCGAGCUGAACAAGCUCUUUGCAGUCAAUGCUUUUGAGAGCGGAAAGCAUGUACAUGCUAUGACCAAAGAUAUGCACCAGUCAAGCCUCGAGAUGGAGGCCAUGACGAAGAGCAUGAAGAAAGUCGCAGAGAAGACGGCCAUACAGACCUCUUCAAUGCACCUCAUCACACUGGUCACGUUAUUAUUCUUGCCCGCCACUUUCGUCGCCACAUUCUUCAGCAGCGGAGCAUUUCAAUGGGACCAAGACGACCCACCUUCCAAUCAUUUCCCCAACUAUGUUCACAUUCACGCAUCUACCUAG